AUGAGUAGAUUCGUGGAUGCGCAUUGCCAUGUGAGCAGUGGAGAUGAGUUGCAUGGAGAGCUAGACGUCGAGGGACCGACGCUGAGAUGUGUGAUGUCCAACAAUGGAUUUGAUUGGGAGCGGCUGAAGACGGUUGGCGACGCUGGCAGAUUGCGGCGAGGGUUUGGCGUCCAUCCGUGGUACUGUCACCUGUACAGUUUGGGCGAGACGGACAAGCGGUCUCAUUACGAGUCUGUUCUUGAGUGGAAGGACGACGACGCGUUCGAAUCGCUGCUGGAAAGGCUCCCGGAGCCUGUGCCGAUGGAGGAGUACAUUUCGCGGGAGUUCGACCCGUCUAAGGUCGAUGUGGUGGGGGAAAUCGGACUUGACAGGAUGUUCCGACUGCCUGAGAGCGGCUACUAUGUGCACAGCAAGCGGCAGGCGCCGUUGUCGAGGGUUAAAGUGAAGAUGGCGCACCAGAUGGCGGUGUUUCAGCGGUUCUGCCGACUCGCCCGCGAGAGCCGGAAGCCCGUUUCGAUUCACGAUGUCAGGUGCCACGGCGUGCUGUUCGAGACCUGUGUGAGGGAGAUUCUGCCUUGCGAGGAGGUCAGGGUGUGUUUGCACUCGUACACGGGGUCGCCGCAGACGCUGACGGAGUGCUGGCUGCGACGGUUCCCCGAGGACCGGCUCUUUCUCAGCGUCUCCAAGUACAUCAACUUCAGGACGGAAGAUGUCGGAGAACAGCUGCUGAAGCUGGUUCCUCCCCGAUGCAUCCUGACCGAGACCGAUUUCCCGGUAGACAUCGAACCCGAAGAGGAUCUGCAGGACCAAUUGGAAUAUACGUGCCGGCAGCUCGCGAGAGUGCUGCGAUUGGGCGAACUGGAUGAGGUGAAGGCGCUUAUAUACGACAACUAUCAAAGGUUUGUAGCAUCGUAA